GCUCGUUCGCGAACGACACAUCACUAAUGCGCUGCUUGGCCACCGCCUUCCAUCCCUACAACCUCCCUUCCCUCAGUUUCCCUGUCAUCCGCGCUACUAUCCUCCUUCCAUCCUUUAAUUUACCUCUUAUCUUUUCCACUCGCGCAACCAUGGGCCAGGAUCUUCGUUGCGGUCUGAUGCCCUGAUGUUAUUUUUUUAAGGUAUUCAAAUAUGAAUCAUGCGUCUGAUAUUCCAUCCGAGUCUGCUCGCUAGCGUCUUAAUUGCACUGCUACCUUCGUUUCCCUCCGCCUCAGUGGUUUCGGCGGAGAAUGAGGUUGUCACCGAGCGAGGGUCUGCAACACUGUGGCAAGAUGCAACGACGGCACCAGAGACUAAGAGCAAUGAGAAUGUUACAAGCAGACAGGAGAAGGAGGUGGCCAUCACUUACCCCUCACGCUUGGUCUACUACGUGAAUGAGGAAGCAGAGAGCACAUGCCAUGACUUGGACACUCGCGCACGAAACCAGGCCACUGAAGGCCAGGCCAUCCACUUGGCACAGGCAAGCUUCCAGCUGGACUCCUUUGGUUCUACUUUUAUUCUGGAUCUCACACUAAACAAUGAUCUGCUGUCCUCAAAUUAUGUUGAGAUCCACUAUGAAAAAGACAAACCAGUUUUCUCCAAGGGAGGCGAGCACUGCUACUACCAUGGUCAAGUGAGAGGGAAAGAGGCCUCUCAUGUUGCACUGUCCACUUGCAAUGGGCUCCAUGGAAUGUUUGACGAUGGAAUGUUUGUCUACCUCAUUGCGCCCUUGAACCAAACCCAAGCUGCGGGCACGGGGCCGAGGGCCCACACCUUGCAUCGGACAUCGUCACUCCGUAUGGGCCGCGACCCUGCUGAUUUUGCUUCUGAGGACCAGGGGGAGGAUGAGGAGGAGGAAGAACAGAUCUUGUCCGACAUGCCAUGGCUCAGGCGGCGCAGGAAACGAGCGGUACCACAGGCGGCGUUCGAUGAGAUCAAGUACCUGGAGAUCAUGAUAGUCAGCGACCACAACACGUUUAAAAGACAUAAAAGCAAAAAGCAUACGAGGAAUUUUGCCAAAUCGGUGGUGAACCUUGUAGACGCUAUAUUUAAGGAACAGCUUAACACACGUGUGGUGUUGGUUGCUGUCGAGAUCUGGACAGACAGGGACAGGAUUCCUCUCAGUGUCAAGCCUCUAGACAUGCUGAAAGAUUUCUCCAAGUACCGGCAGCAGAACAUAGGCAUCAACGCAGAUGCUGUUCACCUCUUCACGAAUGUUACGUUUCAUUAUGGCCGCAGCAGCAUGGCCUACAUCGGAGGAGUAUGUUCCGUCGGAAGAGGAGUAGGGGUUAACGAGUUUGGCAGCACUUGGACGAUGGCUGCCUCUCUCUCCCAGAGCCUGGCACAGAAUCUGGGCAUCCAGUGGGACCCUGUUAGCAGAAGAAAGGAAUGCGGCUGUAUGGAUUCCUGGGUGGGAUGCAUAAUGGAAGAUACUGGAGUUCAGCAUCCUCGCCGGUUCUCCAAAUGCAGUAUCACAGACUUUAAGAACUUUCUGCUUAAAGGAGGUGCUUCCUGUCUGUUUAACAGACCCAACAAGCUCUUUGAGGCUACAGAAUGUGGCAAUGGGUAUGUAGAAGUGGGAGAGGAGUGUGACUGUGGAACCAGGAUGGAGUGCUAUAAAGACUGCUGUAAGAAGUGCUCACUGUCUAAUGGCGCUCACUGCAGUGAUGGGCCAUGCUGCAACAGCACCUGUCUGUUCCUCCCAAGGGGCUAUAGCUGCCGCUACUCUGUGAAUGAUUGCGAUAUUUCAGAGUCUUGUUCAGGAGAUUCAGGACAGUGUCCUCCCAACCUACAUAAGCAGGACGGGUAUCCCUGUCAGCUCAACCAGCACCGUUUGCUGCUCCAGGGCCGCUGUUAUGGGGGCGAAUGCAAGACCAGAGACAGCCAGUGCAAAUACAUCUGGGGUACAAAGGCAGGAGGCUCAGAGAAGCACUGCUACGAAAAGCUGAACACAGAGGGGACGGAGAAAGGAAAUUGUGGGAAAGAUGGAGAGAAGUGGAUCCCCUGCAGUAAACAUGAUGUGUUCUGUGGGUACCUGCUGUGCACAAACAUUGGUAGAAACCCCAGGAUUGGGACGCUGAAGGGCGACAUCACCCCCACCACAUUUAACCAUCAGGGACGGUUGGUAGACUGCAGCGGCGGUCGUGUACUCUUGGACGAUGACACUGAUCUGGGUUACGUGGAGGACGGGACACCAUGUGGCCCCUCCAUGAUGUGCCUUGAGAGGAAGUGUGUGCCUAUUUCCUCCCUUAACCUUACAGCCUGUCCUUCAGGACCAAAUGGACGCGUGUGCUCUUCACAUGGAGUGUGCAAUAAUGAAGCCACAUGCACCUGCGACACCACCUGGGCCGGAACAGACUGCAGCAUGCACGACCCGCCGAAAGAACCACCCGCCGUCGAAGAUGAGGGUCCCAAGGGUCCUAGCGCCACCAACCUUAUCAUAGGCUCCAUCGCGGGGGCCAUCCUGAUGGCAGCCAUAGUGCUGGGGGGGACGGGAUGGGGAUUUAAGGUGAAAGUAUGAGCGAAGAGGGGUGGAGGUUGUGUCGUAGACAGCCUUUGUACCAUGGCUGGCCGCUACGCCUCUCUCUAACCUCGUGGAAGGCCCUGGCCCCCCCUCGAAAACCUAGAACAGAGCAAGACCCCUCACGCCCCCACCCGGACCCGCCCGACACUGCUGCCUUUACUGCCUGCUUCACUGAGACCUGGUACAGAUACGCGCUGCACCGCACCUGCAUGCUUCCCCCGAACCUCCUCCUCUGUCCCCCCACACUCAGCGAUAGUGGCGUCUCCCGCCUAACCUCUAUGUGGACAGGUGCAUGUUAAACUGCUGGGAUGCCCCACAUCACGCCAUGCUACAGGGAGAUUGUGUCAAACCUCCCUCUGUCGUUUGUGACUCUUGUUGCCUUUCUUGUUGUCGCUGGUGGUAUUGUUCGUCGUCGUUCAUGUUGUGGGUGUGAACAUCCUGUUCUGACCCUCAGUGUUGUAGACUGUUUAGUCCCUUUUUUGUGUGUGUCACUGUUCUCUCCCAGGAGGUAACGUUGUUUUUCCAUAUCCUUCUUUGUCUUUCUAAUGCAUACUCACACUCAGUAGGAGGGACACUUCUACGUCCACUCCAACCGCACAGGAGGGCCACUGUUACCCCAUGCAACCCAACAAUGUCAAACAGUAUAAUGCUUAAAAUCCACAAGAAUAAUAUUCUGGAAUACUUAAAACAGCAGUGUGUUGAUUCUGUGUUAAAAAAUCCAGAUCAAGGCACACAACAUUAUUUUUCAAUAUGGCUUAAUCCAAACACUCUCUCAUUUGUGAUUGCUUUCAAAUGCUGAUUGCUGGGUUGCUCGGGUUCAGUGGUUAAGUUCAGUGUUCAAACAAAAAAGCUGUUGUGGUGUAAAUUUCAUGUUUAUGGCAUUGCCUGCACUAACUCCUGUACCUUCUGUUCCCUCUGCGUUUGGCCACGCCACCAAGAAACGUCAAAAAAAGACGGUACGACCCCAACGCCAGUGCCAUCUAAAGGACCAGAGACUUCGGCCUUGCCUGGUUUCCCUUGGGAUUCUGAAAGUGAGCUACCUGUUGGACUGUAACCUCUCCUGCUGCUAACAGCCAGUUAGCUUUACUUGAACACAAGAAAAAAAAACAAA